AUGCCGACCCGCGAAGAAUAUAUCUCGGCUUGGUCGCCAUUUUCCUCUGGUGUCUUCCCAACUAGCCUCUCGUCGCAGAACCAAUUUCAACGCGGCGUGCAAAUGGUGCAAAGCAACAACAACAACAACAACAACAGCUUGAGUCGCCCACGUCAAAAUGCUAGCUUCGAAUCGAUAAGGACUGGAGCUUCAAAGAGUGAAAGUGAUAAUGUAAUCUUGCACUCCACUCUGCCUCCACACGCCUAUGACAAAGAAAGACGAGAAGUGGCCGUCACUUUGGAACAAGUUGUGCGCGACGGACUUUUGGCUGAAUUCGCUCAAGAUAAAGUGGGAUGCAAGUUCCUUCAAGAAAAUUUUCCAGAAGCUGGUCGCCUCAAGGAUGAAAUCUACCACUUUGCAAUGGCCAACCCUGGUUACUUUCAAACUCUUUCAAAAGACGUCUUUGGAAACUUCUUCGCACAAGCUUUGGUUCAUCACGCCGACACACCUGAUCGAGUGAACUGGAUUUUACGCACGAUUGUGCACAACAUGAGUGAUAUGUGCUUCAAUCGCUAUUCGUGUCGAGUUGUGCAAAAGACUUUUGAGAGGUUUCCGGUUGAAGAAAAGAGGCUACUACUUGGGGAAUUCGGUCGUCUGGAUAUGGUCGAGCUUUCGAUCGAUCAGAAUGCCAAUCAUGUCGUCCAGAAGAUAAUCGAGUUCUUUGACGUGCCAACAUGGAAAUUCAUCAUCGACAGCUUCGUUCAAUCCGUCGACUCCUUUUUCCGUGUCAUCGAAAGCAAGUACGGCUGCCGAGUUCUUCAGUUGAUUGUCGAGAUGGUUGCAAAAGCGAUGCCUCAACUAUCUUUGGCGUCAGCUCCUGCUGUCGAGAGAAUCAACGAGCUGAUGGACAUCAUUGCGUUGAAUUGCGAGCGUCUUGCAUCAAACGAAUACGCCAACUACGUUGUUCAGCACAUCAUAUCUACACCAAAGUUGGAGGCUUACAGAGAUGGGAUCAUUAAAAAUUGCCUUUUGCGCAACUUGCUCUCGUUUUCUCAAGAGAAGUUUGCUUCCCACGUUGUCGAAAAGGCGCUGAUCUUUGCUUCACCUUCACUUCUCUAUGCGAUGCUUGAAGAGCUCUUCGAUGGUUAUCUUCCCGAUCCAACUACAAAGAAGGAUUGCCUCGACAUCUUGCUCUUUCAUCAAUAUGGGAAUUACGUGGUUCAACGAAUGUUGCUCAUCUGCAUUGGUUUGCUUCAACAAGCAGAAAGGGGACACAACAUUGGCCAUCUCAACCAAAUCUUCAAAUGGACGCACCGCUUGGAAAACUUGAUUGACACGAACGCACAACGUCUGGCGCGCUACUCUUCAGGAAAGAAACUUUUGGAAGUCCUCGAGCAAGAAAGACGUCGUAAAAAG